CUGGAGGAGAUGUUGGAUGGACAUUUGGGUGCCUUGUCUACUGCAAGUUUAGAAGGUUAAAGGAUUUCAAGGAAGCAGUGGAUUUUGAGAGAGGCGAGAUGGAGAUUUGUUUGCACUCUGCUGUGUUUUUGCAAACAUUCUUGCUUGCUCCUUUAGAACUGCAGAAAGAUGAAGCAGAAGAUACACAGUCAGAACAGCAGGAAACAUUUGUGUCUCCACCGCUUGAGGAUCCUGAGUUAAAUAUCAAUCACCCUUACUAUGAUGUUGCAAGACAUGGCAUCAUCCAGUUAGCAGGUGAUGACAAUUCUGGAAGGAAGGUGAUUACCUUCAGUUGCUGCCGUAUGCCCCCCUCCCAUCAGCUCAAUCACACCAGAUUGCUGGAGUACUUAAAGUAUACUCUGGACCAGUAUGUAGAGAAUGAUUAUACGGUUGUCUACUUUCACUAUGGCCUGAAGAGUCUGAAUAAACCAUCUCUGAAAUGGUUACAAACAGCCUACAAAGAAUUUGACAGGAAGUAUAAGAAAAACCUUAAAGCACUCUAUGUUGUACAUCCAACCAACUUCAUAAAAAUUCUGUGGAAUAUCUUUAAGCCUCUUAUAAGCCAUAAGUUUGGGAAAAAAAUCACCUACUUGAACUAUUUAAGUGACCUGAGAGAGCAUCUCAAGUAUGACCAGCUAAAUAUCCCUCAAGAAGUCAUCCGACAUGAUGAAAAUCUUCGGAGGAAACAGAAGGGAAUACUGCCACCUGUGGUUAAGGUUCCUCCUCCACGGCCACCUCUACCUACCCAGCAAUUUGGAGUCAGCCUGCAAUAG